AUGGAGACCCCGACGACCCGUCCUCGCUGGCGGCUUCAACCGGAGGGGGGCCGCCGGCGUCCCCCGGCCCCUCGCCCCCCCUCGCCGUGCCCGGAGGAGGAUACGGAGGGAUCCCCGAUAUCCUCGGAGCGGGUGACCGAGAGACGUCGUUGGCCCCGGGGGGAAUGGACGCGACGGUUGGUACCGGCGUUGCACGGCGGCGGUGCCGGCACGGAGAUGCGUCGUUUGCGUUUCCGACAAUUCCGGUACCAGGAGGCGUCGGGUCCGCGGGACGUUUGCCGGAGGUUGCGGGAGCUGUCGCAGGGUUGGUUACGGCCGGAGGUGAGGAGUAAGGAGCAGAUCAUGGAGUUGCUGGUGCUGGAGCAAUUCCUCAGCAUCCUGCCCGAGGAAAUCCAGAGCUGGGUCUGGGUACGACAUCCCGAAUCCUGCGCCCAAGCCGUCGCCUUGGCCGAGAGCUUCCAGUUGGGACAGGGAGAUCCCGAUGGGAUUUGGGAGCAGCAGGUGACGGUGCGCGUGAAGGUGGAGGAGGUGGCCCCGGGGGACGCAGAGGACGCCGAAGUGUCAGGGGACCCACCGAACCCCCCGUCGGCGUCACCCCAGUUCCCCUCUGGGGACGACUGGCGGGAGGAGGUGGCCCGGGGCAAGGUCAAGUUUGUCUCCGAGGAAGAGGAGCGGCGCCUGCAGGAAGCAGGUCCCACCAUGGCAAGCAGAGACCCGGAGGCGUCCGUUUUGCAACGGCAAGACCCCCCGCACCCAGCCGGCACCCUUCAAGGUGUCCCGACAGCCAGGACCGCUGCCCAGAGGGGGACCCACCGGCGACAGAUCCCACGGGAUCCCACCACCUUCCCACAGCCCCUCACCCAAGGUCCGCCCAGACCGGCAGAGGACACCAGGAGCCCGGAGAAGCCCUGGGUGAAGCGAGAGCCAUCGGUGCAGGGGAAGGACCGUCCAUACCCCUGCGGCGAGUGCGGCAAGAGCUUCGGCCGGUUGACCCACCUGAAGACCCACCAGCGAACCCACACGGGAGUGAAGCCCUAUGCCUGCGGGGCUUGCGGCAAGAGCUUCGGCCACCUCUCUACCCUCACCACGCACCAACGGCUUCACACAGGCGAGCGUCCCUACGCCUGCGGCUCCUGCGGCAAGACCUUCACCAACCCGUCGGACCUCAACAAGCACCAACGGUCGCACACGGGCGAGCGACCCUACCCUUGCGCCGCCUGCGGCAAGCGCUUCAGCCAGCAGUCCAACCUCACCAUGCACCAACGGAGCCACACCGAGGAGCGACCUUACCCCUGCGGCGCCUGCGGCAAGAGCUUCAAGUACUUGGCGGACCUGACGGUGCACGAGCGCUCGCACACGGGCGAGAGACCCUUCCCCUGUCCCCACUGCGGAAAGACCUUCGCCGUGCCCUCGCACCUGGGGGUGCAUCGGCGGGUGCACACCGGCGAGCGACCCUUCGCCUGCGCCCACUGCGGCAAACGCUUCAGCCAGAGCUCGGCGCUGGCUCUGCACCGGCGCGGUCACACCGGCGAGCGGCCCCACGCCUGCGCUGAGUGCGGCAAAGCCUUCGCCGUCGCCUCUCACCUGGCCGCUCACCGCCGCAUCCACACCGGGGAGAAGCCCUUCCAGUGCACCGAGUGCGGCAAGGCCUUUGGGCAGAGCUCGCACCUGAUGCGGCAUUUGGGCACCCACACCGGCGAGAAGCCCUACAAGUGCGGCGCCUGCGCCAAGAGCUUCACCCAGAACUCCAACCUCCUGCAGCACCAGCGCACCCACACCGGCGAGAAACCCUACGAGUGCGGCGCCUGCGGCAAACGUUUCGGCUGGAGCUCCAACCUCAGCCAACACCGCCGUCUCCACAGCGGCCAGAAGCCCUUCCAGUGCGGCCAGUGCGGCAAAUGCUUUGGUGAGAGCGCCCGUCUGCUCGAGCACCAGCGCACCCACACCGGUGAGAAGCCCUACCGCUGCCCCGACUGCCCCAAGACCUUCAGCCGCGGCUCCCACCUUGCUCGCCACCGCCGCCUCCACGCAGCUGAGCAGGGGCCCGGUCCAGCCCUGGCAAUGCACCGGGGGCUCUGAGGGGCUCCCCAAGGAGAGAGGAGGAGGUGG